AUGGUCUCCUUCAAAGAAUUUUACAACACCAUCGACAAUCAAUUGCACGGCACAGAGCACGCCCGUUCUGCCAUCAACCCUACCAGCAACCAGCCGAACCCUCCAGUCCCUGUGUCCGGCAAGCAUGACCUAGAUACAGCGGUCGAUGCUGCACGACGCGCAUUCAAGAGAUGGUCCCAGGUUCCUAUUGAAGAUCGAAAAUCUACUAUAUACGCAUACAUAUCUGGCCUCGAGACAAACAAGCAUGUCUUCGCUGAAUUUUUAUCGCGUGAACAAGGGAAGCCCUUGAGCCAUGCUAUGAUAGAAAUUGAAAGCACCAUAGGUCUUUCCAGAGGCAUUAUCAGUGUCGAUAUUCCCGAGAACAUUUUUGAAGACACCCCGAGACGAAAGAUUAUUCAACGCUACAUACCCAUAGGCGUUGUCGGCGCUAUUGCACCUUGGAAUUAUCCAGUUUUGCUCUCAAUGAGCAAAAUAAUCGCUGCAGUAUAUACUGGUAACACAGUCAUCCUCAAGCCGUCCCCGUAUACACCAUACACUGGUUUGAAGCUGGCUGAACUGGCGAUGGAUUCCUUCCCUCCGGGGGUAGUGCAGGCUUUGAGUGGCGAUGAUUCCCUGGGACCGAUGAUGACAGAGCAUUCAGGGAUUGAUAAAAUCAGCUUUACUGGGUCUAUUAGCACAGGGAAGAAGGUUAUGGCUAGUUGUGCGAAGACACUUAAGCGGGUUACUUUGGAGCUGGGUGGAAACGAUCCGGCGAUUAUUUGCAGCGAUGUGGAUAUCGAUGCUGUUGUCCCCAAGAUUGGCACUUGCGCAUUCCUCUGCUCAGGACAACGAUGUAUGGCAAUAAAACGACUGUACGUCCACAAAGACAUUUACGAUACCUUCAGAGACAAAUUCAUCUCUUUCGUCCAAUCUCUCAAGAUCGGAGACGGCACUAACCCAGAUCCGGAUGUAUUCUUCGGACCCCUGCAAAACAAAAUGCAGUAUGAGCGAGCCCAGGACAUCCUCGCAUCAGUCAACUCAGAAAAUCUAACUCCCGCUCUAAUUGGCGGGCCAACCGAAUCUCCCGGUUUUUUCUUCGCCCCCGUCAUUGUCGACAACCCACCCGACGACUCAAGAGCCGUAACAGAAGAACCUUUCGCUCCAAUCCUCCCUCUGCUAAAGUGGUCCGAGUCUGACACCGUCAGCGUGAUCAAUCGUGCGAAUAACACCGAUAUGGGGUUGGGUGCCUCGGUUUGGAGUAAAGACGUUGAGAAAGCAACUGCUAUGGCGAGCCAAUUGGAAGCUGGGACUGUAUGGGUGAAUACCCAUUUUGAAUUGGGGCCGACUGUCCCGUUUGGCGGCCAUAAGUGUAGCGGGAUUGGCGUUGAAUAUGGCCUGGCUGGGUUGACUGGAUAUUGUAAUUCGCAGUCAUUAUGGGUUAGAAGGGAUGCUGCGAGGUAA